AUGGGCAACAAACUAUCAUCGUGUUCGUGCGCGCCCAUCCUCCGCAAGGCGUACCGCUACGAAGACAGCCCGUGGCAGAACUCUCGCCGACGAGAUGGACAUUUAUUGCGAUUAUGGGCAGAAGUAUUUCACGUGUCAGCUAGUGGGGCCGGCACUGUGAAAUGGCAGCAGGUUUCCGAGGACUUAGUGCCGGUGAACAUCACAUGCAUACAAGAUUCACCCGAGUGCGUGUUUCAUAUCACCGCUUACAACUCGCAGGUCGACAAAAUACUUGACGUCAGACUAUUGCAACCCGGUACUCGUAUCGGCCAGGCUUCAGAAUGUUUCGUCUAUUGGAAAGAUCCGAUGACCAACGACACGUGGGGCUUAAACUUCACCUCUCCCAUCGACGCCAAACAAUUCAGAGAGUGUUGUUCACCGUCAUUCAAAUUCUCACGUAAGGCUUCAUCGAGCUACAGUCUCAAGCUGGAGCCGCCAGGCAGUAAACAAAAAUUCAAAACGAAGAGGAAACCAGUCUCCACGCCGGCGAGUCCAAACCGAUCAAGCCUAACCUACGGCCGCGAGCCACAGUGUACCUGCAUGACACAAGAGCAAUAUGCUAGAUUGAGAGCUCAAGAUCCACGAUACCGCUCAUCUACUCUGCCGCGUACAACUACACGUGCCAUUGAAACAGAUGCGGGCGCGGGAGCCGCCGGCCGCUCGGAUAAGGUCGCUGCGGCGACCUCGUCCACGUCGCUCUACGACAACGUCACCGGCUCACAACCCGCUAAUCAAGCACCACCGAAACCGGUCGCUCGGCAAACUGAAACGCAGCCUCCAUCACGACCUCCUAAGUCACAAGAGACCUCGACUAUGACCACCAACACGUCAACUGCGCCGAAAACCGUCACUGCCUCUGUUGGCACACAUGGCACAAAUACUAACGAAGAAUCACAAGUAAGCACUGGUCAGGCGACCCAGCAUGGACAAGAUCUCAAGUCAGAAGGUGUACAGGCGGGUGGUACGUUAACUUCUUCAAAAUCCUCUGCAACUUCUACACGCUCAAAAGAACACUUGCAACACAUGCCCAAAAGUGUAGACUACGGAGAUGAAAAUGAAUCCUCUCGAGAGCAAGACAGACACACUAUGCAUAAUCACAACGUAAUUAAUAAUAAUACUUCUGGGUCGCGGCGUACUAAAUCUAAGAGCACAGAAGACAUGAAUAUGGAUUCGAGCACACUGAAACGUAUGCUGAAGCCAAUGCCAUCAACAGAGAGCCCGGUGACAUCACCGGAGAUGGGCCGCCGGCGAUACGGCGGCGCGGCGCCGUGUCCGCCGACCUGCGGCGCGCACGGCCACCGCCACCAGCCCCACAUGCACCACGGGCACUAUGCGCACGUCAUCAAUAACAACAGUCGGCAGAGUUCGCAGAGAUAUUCUUCGGCUAGCCGCGGCGUAGGCGUGGGCGCGGCGCCAAGUGGCUACCCAGGGCGCGGCCUGUACUUGGAGCUAGGCGGCGGUGAGCGUGAUUUGUCACCGCCUUCCGACAACGUCAUGUUUGAUAAUCAGUGCUACGCCACCACGCCUUCAUCUUCUAACGGGAACUCCGAUCAGGAGCCGUGUCAACGCCGUGACCGUGACCCUCGUCAGCAUCACCACGGACAAAAGCCGUGUCUGUCGCGGCAGGCGUCGCAGUCCAGCGCCACGCCGGCACCGGGCUCGCCGACGUCGCGCCUGCUGCUCGAGUAUGAGAUGCACCUCCGCAAUACGCUCGCCAAGGGUAUGGACGCCGAGAGUUAUAGCCUACACACAUUCGAAGCUCUCUUGAGCCAGAGUAUGGAGGAUUUGGAAUACAACGACAAUCUGCCGCCUUCGAACCAACGCAGCCCAUAUCCACCACGUAGACAAAAGGAAAUGAGUAAAUUCGUUAUUCCAAUUGAUCCAACUCAAAAUUCGCAAGCAGCACGUGAACGUGAGAAAAUAAUUAAGAAGUUUAUUAUUCCCGUGGAUCAAGUUAUUGCGAGAACAUGUGCCGCAACUGGGAUUUCGAAAUCGACUUUGAUGAGAAUCAAAAAAGAGGCAAGACAUGCAGCAGCGCUGCAACCGGAAACUGCACCGACGCCGGGGACUUCUACUUCUGGAUUAGCAUCUACGGUUCCAGUAAAACUUUCAACACCAGAGAACAAAAGAAACAACACCAAAAGAAAACCGAGUUCUCAAAAAAUAAUACUUGACAACUUUGAUCUCUGCGCGCUAAGAAACAUAGUAAACAGUUUUUACACAGUUAAAAAAGAAAUACCAACGUUGAAGAAAAUACUGGCCGUUGCCAAAAGAGACCUAAAUUUUCGAGUUUACGCCGGUGGGGAAAAUGGAUUUAUACCUGGAGCCGAGUUAUUAUAUAAAUGCAAAAGCUCCACCGGUGAUUAUUAUAACGAGAUGGAUACGACCAACUUCAUUAAGUGGUUGAAGGAAAAAUUAAUUCCAAAUUUGCCACCAAACGGCAUAGUUGUCAUAGAUAACGCACCGUAUCAUUCUACUCAAAUUGAAAAGUUACCGUCCAGUGCGUCUUUGAAAAGCGAAAUGCAAAAAUGGCUCUCCGACAAUAAUAUCCCAUACGAAGAAAGAAUGACAAAACGUGAGUUAUACCACCUUAUUGUCGUCAACAAACCUCCAAAAAAAUAUAUAGUCGACGAAUUAUUAAAACAACAUGGACACGAAGUUUUGCGUCUGCCACCCUACCAUUGCGACCUAAAUCCUAUCGAAUAUAUAUGGAAUUUAACUAAACAAAGGGUAGCAGAUAAAAAUAUUGAUCAGUCUGAAAGGCAGAUCGAAACGCUAACAAAAGAGGCAAUAGCUUCGAUAACAACAGAGGAUUGGCGAAAAGAAAUAAAUCACGUUGAAAGAUUAGAAAAGCAGUACUGGGAUAAUGAUCGCCUCCAAGAGAUUCAAGAAAGAGAAUUAAUAAUUUCCGUUGGAGGUGAAGAAAGUGAUGAGUCGGAGAGCGAGUUUGAGGACGAUAACGGCAGUGAUACCAUGUCUGGGGUGGAACCUAUGGACCUUAGCAGGCCGGCGUCACAGUGCUCGGGUGGAGGCAGUCGCUCAUCCACGCUGCCCUUACCGCAUCGCCUGGAGCGACCACACGGCGCGCGCGCCGAGCGCGACGGAUACUACAGCGAUCGAAACGAGCUGAUGCGGGAGCGCGAGAGGGACCGCGAGCGCGAGCGUGGCUACCUUAGCGACCACAAUACGAGGGAUCGUAUACGAGAUCGAGACCAAGGAUACCUAAGUGACCAUCAGUCAAGUUUCGUGAGCGCGUCUCGCUGCGCGUCUUGUAUCGGGGAGUCAGCGCGCUCGGCGUGGUACCGGCACUCGGACGGCUGGCGCGGCGCGCCCGUGCCCGGCCCCCGCCGCUCGCCCUGGGACUCGCUUCCAAGUCUGCGACAUGAAGGAAGCUUGAAUGAUUCCGGAUACAGGAGCAACAGAGCUGACAGCUUCGAACAACGAGGAGUGUUCGAUCGUCAAGACAGCGUGCGGUCCGAGUACACGAGCGACCGCGAGUCGUCGCGCUACGGCAUCGUGCAACAGGCCUCCAUUGACAGCACUGACUCCAGGAUCUGCUACCUGACAUCUAGUGAGAUAUCGGACGAUGACCGCAUGUCGCUGACCACAGCUGUGUCUGAUGAAGAGGAACCCGGUGAGAGCGCAAUGAACUCACCGUAUAAGGGCAAACAGACAGGCGCCGCUGCCGCAUCCUUCAAUUGUACCGGUGCUGUCAGGAAGGCUGGUUUUCUUAGUGUGAAAAAGUGGUUGCUACGCAAGAAACACCAGAUUGAGCUAGCUCGCAAGCGAGGAUGGAAAGGUUAUUGGGUGUGCCUAAAGGGAACAACACUGCUUUUCUACCCCUGUGACUCUCGUGAGGGCCGUUCAGUAGAAGCUGCACCAAAACACCUCAUUAUAGUCGAUGGAGCCAUCAUGCAACCGAUACCUGAACAUCCUAAACGUGAUCACAUAUUCUGCUUAAGUACAGCUUUUGGUGAUGCAUAUCUGUUUCAAGCGCCGUGCCAGAUUGAGCUCGAAAACUGGGUGAAUAGCAUACACAGUGCAUGCGCGGCGGCGUUCGCUCGACAUCGUGGAAAAACGGGAACGCUUCACUUACUGCAAGAAGAAAUAUACCGUCUAGAGAAAGCAAUAGAAUCCGUAAGUAUACUACUUUAGAACAAGGAUCACAAGCUGAAACACAUGGCAGAUCUUCAACAAUCUGUAGUAUCAGAUCCGGAAACAAGAGCACAGUUGGCUGUACAAAUGUUGCAAUGGGAAGAAAAUCUAGAAAGAUUACACUGCGAACAAUUCCGACUUCGAUGCUACAUGGCUAGCUUACAGAGCGGCGAGUUACCUAAUCCCAAGUCGCUGCUGACGCACGUGUCGCGCGGCACCAAGAGCACGCUCAACAAGCUGGGCGUGUUCACGGUGUCGUCGUUCCACGCGUUCAUCUGCGCGCGCUCACCCUCGCUGCUCAACAACUUGCUCGCCGGCCGCGGCGCCACCAAGCGCAGAGCUCCGAACCUGUCGCGAUCCAAUUCUGGUUCCAGCCGACGUUCGAUGCAGAUGUCGCGUGAAGAAGGCGAAGCCGCGGUAAGGGUCUCGUUGCCCGAAGGCACGACCGCGACGGUGGGCGUGCGGGACGGGAUGUCGGUCGAGGAGUUCCUCGCCGCCGCGUGCGCGCGGCGCUCGCUCAACCCGCUCGAGCACUUCGUUAGGGUCAAGAAACGACGCGACAUGGAAGACCACAACUACUUCGUGCCCCACAGGAGCGAUCUCAUCGAGACUUACCUGCACACACACGAAGUGGUAGAAGUGUGUGCGAAGAUCCUGUACCAGGUGGAGCUGCAGCGGACGACGCUGGAGCAGAUGUGGGGCUUCAGCGUCGAGGCCGAGCUCAUCGAGAACGCCGAGCGCCAGGACGAGCUGUGCUGCUACGUCAGCCGCGUCGAGGACAAGAGCGUCGCCAUGCAGAACGGUAUAAUCAAAGGCGACGAAAUAAUGGUGAUUAAUGGAGCAAUCGUAUCUGACCUGGAUAUGAUGUAUUUGGAAAGCGUUCUACAAGAGGAACUCUCGCUGGUUAUGAUGAUGAGGUCGUCGCGCACGGAGCCGCCGGAGCUGAGCGGCGCGAUGCGCGCGGCCACGGACGACAUAAUCGAUUCGCUGGUGUGCCCGCCGCCGCCCAGCGACCCGCCCGUCAUCUCCGACGACAUGAUAUCCGGCCUCAUCGUGCCCGCGCCCGCUUGGAGUAAGGAACUGUACAGCCCUGAAACAGAAGCCCAUGGAGACGGGACGAGCUCGGGACCACCGAAAGUCAGCUCUCGUACUAACUCCUUCGAGAUCGAGAACCUCCUUAAGAGCGCGGAGCAGGUGACGGGCUGGUGCCGCUCGCCCGCCGACACGCGGCGCGGCAGCCCCACCGGCAGCGCCGCCAGCGCCGCCGUCACGCCCUCGCGCCACCUCUCCGACGCCGACAAGCUGCGCAAGGUGCUCAUGGAGCUCGUCGACACCGAGCGCGCCUACGUCAAGAAUCUAAACAAUUUAUUGGAAAAUUACCUGGAACCGUUAAAGAAGGAAACUUUUUUAUCAAACGCCGAAAUCAACGCUUUGUUUGGAAAUAUUCAAGAGAUAGUAACUUUCCAACGACAAUUUCUUCAAAACUUAGAGGAAGCGCUCGAGGCUGAACCAAAUUUCAAUCAUUUUGAAUUUUCUAAUCAGUUCAAGAACGUUCUCUUCGCAGUUGGAAAUGCUUUUCUCUAUUAUGUCAACCAUUUCAAAUUAUACAGUUCUUUCUGCGCUAGUCACAGUAAGGCACAGAAAGUUUUACAUCCGAAUGAAGGAAACCAAGCUCUACAAGAAUUCUUAGCAGCUCGCAAUCCAAAACAACAACACUCAUCGACCUUAGAAUCGUACCUAAUUAAACCAAUACAAAGAAUUCUCAAAUAUCCGUUACUUUUACAACAGUUGAGAAAUCUAACUGACGUAAAUUCGGAAGAACACCUCCAUUUAGUAGAGGCUUUGAAGGGAAUGGAAAAGGUUGCAGAACACAUAAAUGAGAUGCAGCGCAUACACGAAGAAUACGGUGCUAUAUUUGAUCAUUUGUUUAGGCAACACCAAAAGUCUUGCAAACAACCUAUCGACUUGAGUCCUGGUGAUUUAUUAUACUAUGGAGGUGUAGAGUGGUUGAAUAUAUCAGACUUUUUAGGCAAAAUAAAGAAAGGACUUGAAUUGCACGCAAUGUGCUUUGUUUUUAAGUCGGCCGUUGUCUUCCUUUGCAAAGAAAGACUGAGACAGAAGAAAAAGUUAAUGGGGGUGUCUUCUAAAAACAAUUCAAAUGAAGUAGAAAUAAUACGCUAUCAAGUUUUAAUACCAGUAACGGAAGUGCAAGUUCGGGCCUCUUCGGCCAAGGACAUGGACAGUCACUUCCUCUGGGAGCUUAUCCAUUUGCGAAGUCAGCUCCAACGUCGAUCUGAAAAAGUUUACGUAUUAUCAAACAGCACCGCGGACUUCCGGAACGCGUUCCUGAAGACGAUCCGGCAGAUCAUCCGCGAGUCGGUGCGCAACAUGUCGCUGCCCAGCGCGCGGCCCGCGCCCGCGCCGCACCACACGCUGGAGCGGCCCAAGCACCAGGUACAGGUAAUGCAGGGCUCUCAGACUCUUGGAAAGACAAAGAAACCUAAAACAACCGGACAAAGACUUUCCGCUGGCAAUAUUGAGGUUGGCGAUUUAUCUAGGGAAAAUUCACAAGAAGCAGAGGAACCACCACAAGUAUCUGAGCUAUCAUCAGACGAGACGACUUUCAGGCAAAGAAGCAAAACACUUGGUGAUUCAGCAGCAGAAGCGGGCAAGCGGGCGGCAGCGAGCGCGGGCGCGGGCGCGGGCGCGGGCGCGGACGGCUCCAAGUCCGAGGGCGAGGACGAGCCGCCGCCGCCGCCCGCCAAGCGAGGGUUAGGCCGCACUCCCAACCACCUCACCCUCAGGUACCAACAUAUCACGACGUCGACGCUGAGUGCUGGAAGUACGGGAAGUCAGGCUCGACUCAUCCAAUCUUCACAUCAACCUACCCAAUACCAACCUACGAUGGUCAGAGAGCUAGGGUCGCCCGUGUGGAAGCCGCGCGACGUGGCCCGCGAGGCCGCGCCCGCCGCGCCCACCACGCUGCCGCGCCCGCAGCGCCCCGCGCCGCGCGCCGCGCACCUGUCCGCCAGCCGCAAGUCGCUCGCGCCCGACCACCGCCACUAGGCACUGGCCGUCACCGCCGAUUGAUUCAUCCCCCUCGACCGCACGAACUCCGAUAGGAUGUACCUCCACUUUUCAUGUGAUGGCUUCAUCUUUUUAUUACAGAGCGACCGUUUCUAUUUUUACGAAUCGGACUGAAAACGAAAUAUUCAAAUCACCGAUGCCCGCGCUUGUCUACUUUUAGGGCUCACAAGUAAACAAGCGAGCAUCUGUUGAUAGUGUUUCAUACAAUUAGUACGAAACGACGUCGAGUCUUUUUUUUAUAAAUAUUGUUAAUUUUCUGUAUAUGUCUAACACUAUUGCGAUAAUCUUUUACACAUGGAAAGCUAUUAGAUUAUCCUUAACAAAUAAUUUAAGAGAGAACUUCAAUAGAUUAAUUAAAUAUAGAUAUAUUAUUGCUUAGUAACUGAAAAUACUAAAUAGAAAAAAAAUUAUGAUUUUUUGAAAAUACAUAUAUGCCAGUCAUUUCCCGUUAGAUUUUAAAACGUUUUUGUUUCAAUAUUAUUGAUAGCUCAACUCAUCUUGGCGUGAGGCACUAUGUGUGCGUUUAUUUAAGUCUUUUGAUCAAACAUGUCUUUUAUAGCUGUAUUUGUUUUACUACAGGAAACAUAAUAUUUAUAUUAUAAUCAACUACUUUAAAAUCGCAGAAAAAUUAGAUAGACAUCUUGUUUACAUUUUUUUUGUGUAAAAAGAUGUAUUACUACAAACUGGGCGCUCAUAGCACCGUACGCUGAAAUGUUUUGAAUCAUGUGUCUUCUUCUAUCUUCCAUUUUACGCUUCCAAUUUAAAAAAAAAGUGUCAAAGUAUUUGAUUACUUAAGUAUUGUUAUGUUUUAUGAAUAUAAUUUGUAUUAAUCUGGAUAACUUAAAAGAUUGUAAGAGACUGUACAAGUAAAUAAAAUAAUCAGAUGCAGCUCACAAGCCAGACAUAUGCAAAAACUUUAAUGACGAUCCGAAUCGUUGUUUGCAUGCAUUAAAAAGUAAAGGGUUUGUAGUGCACAAUUUAUAAUUUUUAAGUGUUUUUAUAAAUGAUUAUUCAAUUUUGUAGUAUCUAAACAAAAGGCUUUACUUCACGUUAAUUAGCCUAAAUUAAACAUAAACAAAAUAUAAUAUUAUAAAAGGAAUCAAAUAUGAGAAUUAGAAAGUUAUUCGUGGAUAAGAACGUCGUUCGCAAUACAUUAACCUCAUAUUUUCAGAUACAGUAACCACGAAAAAAUUGUAAUCGAUUGCACAUAACGUAUAUAAACAAUAUUAAGAGAAAGGUUAAAUGUUUAUUAGUUAAUUUUAUUAUAUAUUUUAUACAACGUUAAAAAUCAUAUAUUUGUAAUAAAGACGUGCACUUCCAAUUACAUACGAAGUGAAGUUUUCAAGUGAAUGUUGAUGCACAAAUCCAAAAUUGUAUGCAAUAGGAAAAUUACUGCCAAGAGUCUAGUUCCUAAUUUAUUUAAUAUGAUAUUUCACUUACUAAACGGUCUUAAAAUUUUAUUUUCCAAAGUACUUAAUUAAUAUUUCCCUUAUAAAUUUGACUAACAACGAAGAGAAUAAAAUUAAAUUUGAAAAAAAAAUUGCUAAAAA